CGCUCUGGAGGUGUCAGCGGCAGCGCUCCCUCGUGCUGGAGCAGCACACCUACUCCGCCAGACUCCUGAUCUGUUAUUUGUAUGCAAGUGUCCAGCAUCCAGAGGGUCAGUCUGGAGAUGGCUGCGAAUCGGGUGGGGAGGCGUUAUAACAAUAAGGUCCACUCACCGAACCGUGGUACCAGCCGGGAAGCUGGACUGAGCGUGCAGAAGAGACAAGCACGAGUCACUGUAAAAUAUAACAGAAAGGAACUCCAGAGGCGUCUGGAUGUGGAAAAGUGGAUAGAUUGUGGACUUGACGAGCUGUAUUUGGGAAGGGAAGAGGAUAUGCCUGAGGAAGUGAACAUUGAUGAGCUACUAGACCUACAGAGUGAUGAAGAAAGGACGCAGAAGCUUAAGGACAUCCUUCAUACCUGCAGUAGCAACACAGAAGUCUUCAUCACAGAACUUGUGAAUAAACUUCAUGGUUUGCAGAAACAAGAAGAUCUUCACAACAAUGGGAUUGAACAUCCCCAGCUUCACAUCUUUCCUGAUCGCCAAGGCUCUCCCGACUCUGAGAGACACUGAGCAUCUGCUCAAACAUCUACUGCUCUUUGGUCUCCUGUAUCAAAACCACUUCAUAUCAAAGCAUCAGCAGCGCAUACUGCUGCCUUCAUUUAAAGUAACAAAACAGAAAAUCGCUAUAAAAAUAUUUAUGUAAAAAUCUUGCCUAUGGCUCAGAGUAAAACACUGAGUGACCACUGACCACUGCAUGGACCUGUGAAAAGUUGUCUUUAUAAUUUAGAAAUUUUUAAACAAGCAUUAAUGAGAGUCUUGUUUGUUACAAUAGAAGUUCUUUCACGUAAUGAACGUGUAUUUGUUAAUUUAAGCAAUUAUUUCUACCUGAUCCCUUAAAAUUGCUUUCGUUGGUAUUUAACCCACUAUAGUCAGGAUUAUAUUGAAAUAUUAAAUAACUUGUUUGGCUUUAAUAAAAACGGUUUAUUUAGUGAUUUUUAGUUAAUCUGAGAAAAUAAUUUCUACAGUGCAUAGCAGCCGUUUUAAAUGUUUUUUUCUUAGAAAUACUGACCCAUGUAAGGAUUUUUUUCAUGAAAUAUUUCUUGGUUUUUUUAGAUUAUGCUGAACCCACAGUUUUUCACAAAUGGGCCAAGGUGUUUUUUAGAUUUCAAAUCAGUUACAGUAAACCACUGUUGUGUUGUUUAUCUCUGUGGUUAGAUUUUGUAGGAUUAAAUUAAAACUGACAGCUUAAGCUCUUUCCCAGUAGGAAUGAAGACUGGUUUGUAACAAAAUCAUGAGGUAUUGUUAAUAUGUUUGCUGCUACUAUAUGAAUUACUCAAGCUGGUAAAAUUUAUUAUAUGUUUGAAGAAGACUCCACAUUUUGAAGAAAUUCUUGAGUUGAUUCUCUUCUAGCUCUGUAUUUUAGUUUGUUUAAUGCACUGGUAUGUUUGUUUGUACAGUGGCAGACUUCCAGAAAUUUGUCUUACUUUUUUUUUUUUUUUUUUACUUUUACUUUUUUUUUAGUUUUACUUGCUUGUUUCACUUGUUUGUUUUAUUUUAUAUUUAAAAUGAUAUGAAGCUGAACAAAAUAAUAACGGGCUAUUUAUCUUUUGGUAUGCCUUCAUUUUAAAUGAAACAAAAACACACAAGCUAAAGAACAUAGAAAUAAAUAAUGCUUUAUAGCCCGUUAUAUCUUUGUGAAAUAAAAUAAUAAUAAAUCUA